GUCAAACUGUCAAAAUCGAAGCAGUUUGCAAAAAAAAGUCACGCUCUCGCCUAAUUUCGUGCUAUUUUUUCAAAAAUAUCGUGAAUCCAACACCUUUUUGUCGGUGUUAUACCUGUAGAAAUCCUAAUAUUACAAGGAAUCAAACUUGCAGGCAGCGGGCGAGUUUCGUCAUCAUCCGAUCCACUGGCGAGAGCAGUGAGCAAAAUCUCAAAAAUCGGCAAAGAGGAUUUUUGUUUACUUCUACGCCUUCCGCACAGCUGUUGAUUGGCAACCGAAUCGAACACCCCCGAACUAGUUCAGCGGGUCAACGACAUGACGAGCCAGUACGUUAGUCCACUCUCGAUUGCGGUCAUCUGUUCCUCGAACAUGAACCGCUCGAUGGAGGCGCACGGCUUUCUGGCCAAGAAGCGCUUCAAGGUGCGCUCGUUCGGCACGGGAGACAAAGUAAAGCUGCCCGGAACGGCGGCCGAUAAGCCGAACAUCUACGAGUUCGGUACCAGUUACGAUGACAUCUACACCGAUCUGGCCAGCAAAGACAAACAAUACUAUACACAAAAUGGUCUCCUACACAUGUUAGAUCGGAAUCGUCGUAUCAAACCUAGCCCGGAGAAAUUUCAACUCUGUUCCGAACGAUUCGAUGUACUGGUCACGUGUGAAGAACGUGUUUACGAUCAGGUGAUAGAAUUUAUGGAAUCGAAAACUCCGACCUAUAACCUGCCGGUGCAUGUGAUCAAUAUCGACAUCCAGGAUAACCACGAGGAAGCGACCGUUGGUGCGUUUGCGAUAUGUGACCUGAUAACAAUGAUGGCCCAAAGCGACGACUUGGACAACGACAUCGAUGAGCUGCUGCAUGAUUUCGAGGGAAAGUGCCAACGUAGCGUGCUGCAUUGUGUUUUGUUUUACUAGUCUCGGGUCAAAUUUUGAUUUAGGUCCAAAAAAAAAGAACAACUAAUCGAUGUUUAUAAGAAUCUUUAAGGGAAGGAAAAUAGCAGAACACAAUUUCUAGGCUUCGAAUUAAAAUGUUUGUUAUGUCCUAUCGCUACGUUUUGGUUCGGAAACGAAUCAAAUCAAAUUCGAGCAAAUUAUACAAGCUGUCCUGCUAGGAAGGAGACAACAAAUUGUACAGCGAAACAACUACCAAUGCUGAUGAGGGAAGCAGACACGUAAAUGUUUUUUUUUUAAUCUGAAACAUCAAAUCCGCAAACACUAGUUUAGAAGCAAACACAAGGUGAUUCGAUAUUACUCUGUAAGCAAACUAUAUUAUGAUGAUACAUAUUUAUAUUUAAUAUAAAAGAUGUGUAAUUUCCUCUUUUGUACAACAAAACACAAUAAAGUUACAAAGACAGUGUUUAACCAA